AUGCGUUCCGAACUCGCUUCCGCCCUCGGUCUCUUGGCCGGCCUGCUUACGGCUGCCGAACCGGCAUCGGCUCGGCCGGACAUCUACGCUCGCUCACAACAGAUCCGACGUCAAAAUUCAGAGUGCGCUGAGGACCUGGCCGACGUCCUGGAUAAUGCGCCAACAACGUCAAUGUCAUGGGGAGCUACGGCUUGCGAUUAUACGUCUACACUCUCUGGCUUAGAACUCUCCGUCACCUAUGCCUCAUUCAGGAGUCGAAUGUCUUCUUGGUACAGCGACGAUCUCGACGACAUCACCAAGCUUGAAGCCAGCUGUACGCAGUACAGCUCUAUCUUUAAUCAGAUCCGGAACUGUUACGUGACCGGAGCCAUCCCGGCCGCCGCCACAUCUACAUCAACAACACCAUCUUCAACCGUGGUUACUACCACGAGCACUGGGUCUGGAGGCAUCACUACGGCGACUGUGACAACUACAUCGACACCUGACAGUGGAAGCGGCAUGGACGAUGGCGCGAAAGCUGGACUUGCGAUUGGUAUCAUUCUUGCCGUCCUUCUUCUGAUGUUCACCGGGUACAAGUUCUUCAUGAAAUAUCGUCAAAAGAAGUUAGCCGAUGCCGCAGCAAUAUCAUCGAAUGCAAACAUUGGACCGGAGAUGGGAUCCGCAGCUGCGGGAGGAGCGUUAGGUGCCGCUGCUCUGGGCAGUACCAAGUCACGACCAGAGCAAAGCGAGGUGUAUGCAUACAAAUCGGAACUGAGCGGAGAGUCGAGGCCAAUGUCCGAACUCGAUCCGCGACCGAUAUCCGAGCUCGACCCAGCAGCAGUCGUUGCGGCCAGUGGGGUCACCGGCGUCCAUCGACAUGUCGCGGAGCUGGACCCUGAUCCCCCGACCCAGCUGAGUGAGCUGCCAGCUGACAACUACGACCCAACCGCCACGACGAAUUCGCCUCCCCCGGCAUACGUCUCUCCGGUUACUGAUACGGGUACUCGAAAUACGCUCUACUCGGUGGUCUCACCAGUGUCAUCAGACUUGAGUACGAUGCGAUCGUCAGGAUUAGGCAUAUCUACAAUUUCAGAAGCAGAUGUCUCGCAGGGCGCCGAUAGUAGUGUUACAGGAGUGGAAAAAAUGCCAACAACGCAGAACGAGACAGUGCAACAGGGAUGGGGCAGAGGAUGGAUGCAAAGGGAAUGA